AUGCAGGGAAAUCAAAUUUCAUCAACUGAGAAAUCUCAACUAGAUGAACCAGAUGACGAGGGCAGAUGGUCUCCCGUUCAGCUUGCCGCUGCGCAAGGGAAUGUGUGUCAAGUACAGCGCCUCUUAGCCCAACCAGUGGACCCUAAUGAGCCCGCUAAAGGCUACUACGGGCAGACCGCCCUUCAAGCUGCCUCCUGCAAUGGACAUCUCGCUGUGGUCGAGAUUUUGUUAGCGGCAGGGGCAGACGUUAACGCUCCUGGAGGAAACAACGGUGGCAGAACAGCGGUAGUACUGGCCUGUGGAGGAGGCUAUAUGAACAUCGUCAUCCGCUUAGUCUCUGCGGGUGCAGAUAUCAAUCGCCCACCCCAUCCGUAUGCGGGGCGAACUGCGCUACAGGCCGCCGCCGAGGGGGGCCAUAUCGACCUACUGCAAUGGCUUCUUGAGCAAGGCGCAGAUAUCAAUACGCCUCCAGCUAAGAAUUCAGGCCGCACCGCACUUCAAGCUGCUGCAUUAGGAGGGCACGCCGAUAUCGUGAAAAUUCUUCUACACGAAAAUGCCAAUAUAAAUUCACCCGCUGAAAGGUAUAAAGGCUUCACGGCCCUUCAAGGCGCGGCUUUUGGAGGCCACCGACAGCUUGUCCGUCAACUGUUAGAUGCAGGAGCCGAUGUGAAUGCUGAAGGCUCAUACUAUAAUGGGUAUACGGCGCUUUCGGCAGCGGCAGAAUGUGGACAUCCUGAGAUUGUUCAGAUGUUACUCGAUGCUGGAGCAGAUGUCUCCCUCAAGUCAGGAAAUAAAAGGUGGACGGCGGGACAGUUUGCGAUCUUCCGAGGGCAAGACGCCGUCACACAAAUUUUUGAACAGAAUAAGCAGACGGAGAAGAUAUUCUAA